AAAAUUUCGAAUAAAGCACACGCCACCUUGUCUACGCACAGCCAGUGCACGUUAGUAUUCCCACUCACAAUCUGCCACGUCACCCAAACGCCACCUCCUAUUCCCCCGCGACCUCCACCCACCCCAACCCCUUCCCUUCCCUGAAACCUCACUGUUUACAGAUAAAGAAAUAUAUAUCCACGGAGGCUUAAUUUUCAUUCCAAAUUCACCCUUAGAACAUUAAUUAUAUCCAAUUUUGUCCUCUCAAAUGGCGCCGUCAUUCAGCUCGGCGGCUCAGGGAAACCAGCCAAGCCCGCAGCUCGGAGCUGACCGGAAGAGGCAAAAGUACAGGUCGAUGAAAGAGAUCAUGAAGGUGGCGAAGCGGGUGGUAUUGGUGGAGAAUGAGGAGUCUGAUGACGGCGAUUAUUACACUCGUGUGGCUUGCGAUCAAUGCGGCUCGGGAGAGCGAGCCGAGGAGCUCUUGCUUUGUGACAAAUGCGAUAAAGGGUAUCAUAUGCUCUGUCUUCGACCCAUCGUGGUCCGCGUCCCUAUCGGGCCUUGGUUCUGCCCGGAAUGCUCUGACGAUCAAGAUCGUCCCCUUAAAAGCUUUACACAGAAGAAGAUUAUCGAUUUCUUUAGGAUUCAGAAAUGCAGGGAACUGGUGGAGAACUGCGCGUGGUCUCAAGAUGUCAAAAAACGUCGCAGAAGGUCUAAUACAUUAGUUUUCCACAAGAAACGGAGAAGGAUAUUGCCUCAUGUUCCUUCUGAAGACCCCACCCGAAGGCUAGUACAAAUGGGAUCUCUUGCAUCUGCAUUGACUGCUCACAACAUGGAAUUCAGCAAUGAGCUUACUUACAUGCCAGGCAUGGCUCCCAGAUCAGCCAAUCAGGCUGAGUUUGAAAAUGGUGGAAUGCAGGUUCUUUCUAAAGAAGAUACUGAGACAUUGGAGUUGUGUAGAAGUAUGUACAAAAGAGGCGAAUGCCCUCCUCUUAUUGUAACUUUUGAUUCUUGUGAAGGCUAUACAGUAGAAGCAGAUGGUCCAAUAAAGGACAUGACAUUCAUUGCAGAGUAUACAGGAGACGUGGAUUACAUUAAGAAUCGGGAACAGGAUGAUUGUGAUAGCAUGAUGACCCUUCUUCUAGCUACUGACCCAUCGAAAAGUCUUGUUGUCUGCCCUGAUAAACGUGGAAACAUUGCUCGUUUUAUUAAUGGCAUAAAUAAUUAUACACCGGAGGGCCGGAAGAAGCAGAACGUUAAAUGUGUGAGAUACUGCGUUAAUGGCGAAUGCCGUGUACUAUUGGUUGCAACUCGUGACAUCACAAAGGGAGAGAGGCUAUAUUAUGAUUAUAAUGGAUAUGAGCACGAAUACCCAACCCAUAAUUUUGUCUAAGUUUUGACAUACAAUAUUUCUUUAAUCAGUACUCAGAGUAGUGAAUUCCUUAUUCUAAUCACACCCUCAGUAGAUACAUAAACCAAAAUUUUCUCCCAUUGUAUUUAUCGUGGGCUCCUGGCCAAUUAAGCAGCAUUGAAAAAGAAAUAGUUAGCAGAGGGAACUUUCUAUAGAUUUAGCGCAUAUGUAAGGUAGAAAAUUUAGUCUGCUCAUACCAUUGUCCUUUCAUGUACAACAGCUACAUUUGACGAACAUAAUUUAUAUAGUUGGUUUGAGCUCCUCUCAGUUUUAUUUGCGCUUCAGCGUUUCUUCUCGUUCUAUAAAAUGUGGCAUUCUUUGUUAAUCUCCCCUUCUACUCCAUAUUUGGAUGCAAUGUCAAUACUCAGAUUCAACAAUUUUCUGGUACUCAGUCUCUAGAAGUGAGUGGAUAUAUUUAUAUCCCCUCCCAUUUUCGAAUUUUUUAAAAUUCCUUACUGAUGCAUUAUCUUGUUUGGGGUAUGAACAUAAGUAUUUUAUUGGUGCUCUAUAUUCUGAUUCAAAUUGAGUGUUUAGAUUUGACAAUAUUCUGAUGGGUGAUUUUUACUAUUCGGCGAGUGAUGCAUUUUAAAUAUCUCAAGGUUACUUUUUUUCAUUAUCAAUUUUUUUUCCCAAAUAAAUAAAUUAUAAAGUUGCUGUCCUGUUUCUCCACUUACAAUACCCCAUAAACCCAACUGAAAUCAAGUAUUGAACCAGUUGAAGUCCUUUUAUCAUAACACUAACGAAGGAUAGAUUCUAUAUUUUGUAUUUCAACAGCAUAUUUUAACAUUGAAAAUCAUUGUGAUGAUUAAUAUUUUAUGUACGACGAACUCAUUGUUUGGAUUGGUUGCUCUUGUUUGAAAUUCUUUGCAGUUUGCACAUCCUAUUUUUUUAAUUCUAGUUUUUUGACUUGACCUCUCCUUUACUUGGAGAUCCUGAAAUUUUAUUUAGUUGUUUUUGUGGUUUCAUUCGUGCUACUUAUGGCACUCGCCCUCCUCUUUCCCCUCCUAACCCUAAGAAAAAGGAUUAAUUACCUUGUACUUUCAGAUGGGCUAGUAACAUCCUAUCAUUUUCUAAGUGCUAUAUUUACUUUUCGUCAACAAUAAAUAACAACCUUCAUAGGUAUAGCUAAGAAAAACCUUGAUAGGUAUAUAGCUCAAUCAUCUUCAAUAAAAUACUUUUUGUUCCUUAUUUUGAGUAAUUAUCGAGGCAGCAGUUCAGUAAUGGAACAGGACAUUGACAAAUUUAGCUCUUACUGUUGCUGAAUAGAUGCAUAUCUGUUCCUUGGCAUUCAGUCCUUCAUUGUCCAUGUUGUGCUCAUUGUAAAUGUCAUAGGAAGGAUGAAGAAGUUGCAGCACUUUAAAAUAAAUGUUGCACAAGAAAGCAAAGAAUGACCUUCUACCUCAAGAGCGUCAAGGAAGAGGCCAUCAGUAUUGCCUUUGACGAUGUACUUUGAAUAAUGAUCUUCGUCUUUUCUUAGGUUGAACUUCAACCUAUGGACAGUAUGUUCUAGAAUGUAUGAAGAUGGUGAGCGACAAAGGAACCAUCAGUGUAGCAUUUGAAGCUGCAAAUCCGCAUGGAGAUUAUUUAUCCCAAGGUGGGCUGGAGUUCUACUUCAGAAAAGAUUUACUGUUGAAUCAGUGUUUUGAGACAAAAUCUACAAUGAAGAAGGCAGCUGCCAGAACAGAUAUUCAUCCAUUGCAGGUCCAACAAGCGCAAAUAUUUAACCAUAGCAACACAUUGUGUAAUGCACAGAUUCCAUCUUGUUUUUGUUUCAAAUGUAUAAAAUACCAGUCACCAUUCAUGUUCGUGCUGCUUCUCUCUGAAGAUGAAUGGAAGAGAUUCAUGGUAUGACAAAAAGGAUGUGAAAAUAUAUGGAGCAAUACAAAAUUUUCAUUUUCAUAUUGACUAUUUACAUUAUUGGGAGUUUCCAUGUCAGGCAUAUCCAACUCAAGUCUUCAUUUUAGAGAAGGGUGCUGGUUCACAUCAUGCUUUCCUAACCUGUUGUUUCAGGUUUAGCUGUAAUAUGGUUUAUGAUAAUUGAAUAAUACAAAUUACUGCAUUCUAUCA